AUGCCUAAAGAUUUAAGUGAGGGAGUCAGAGGCCAAAUUAUUGCUCUCACUAACGAAGGUUACUCACAACAACAAGUAGCAGCAAAGUUGGGAGCGUCAAAAGGUGGUGUGCAGCGAAUCCUGGAAAGGUUCAAAAAGACACAGUCUUAUUCAAGUUUAUCAAAACCUGGCAGACCACGUAUUACAACACGGGAAGAUCAGUUUAUAAAACUGACUUCUUUGCGCAAUAGACGAGCAACUGCCAGUGUCAUUCAAUCAUCAAUUAAUGCCACCCGAGAGAAACCAAUUAGCAAAACAACAGUAAGAAGAACAUUAAAUGCAAGUGGUCUGAAAGGAAGAGUUGCAGCUUCUCAACCAUUGCCACGUCCAAUAAAUAAGCGGAAGAGAUAA